AGAGCAGCUGCAAAUCUAAACCUGGGCUCAGUCGCAUGCGCAGGCAUAGAACCCCCACCAAAGCAUUUCGCCUGCCCUCUCAGCUUGCUCCAUGGCUUAGCACUGGGCACGACUUAACUUUUCCUUCUAACAAAAGGAGUGUGCCUGUGUUCCAAAGACUCCCUUAUGUGAAGUUUCUGAAAAGGUGUGUUUACCUUACUUUACUAAUUAAAGGCAAGCCCCAUGUUCCCCUCCCUGGUCCCCGCAGGCACACCACCAGUGGCUACCCGAUAGCCACCUGCAGCUCAGGUUACACAGACGCCCGCCGUAAUGCCAUUUGCCGCGAUGAUGGAGUCGACAAGGCUGAGUGACUCGGUGGGAGUAUUUCCUGGGUGGACUAACCUGCUGGCAGCCCGCUCAGCAUCACACUUGCUUUUAUAAUGAAAAAGGAAAUUACUUCUGCCUUUGAUGAUGGCGGCUCCAGAAAUCGAGGUGGAGGUGGAGCCGAAUCUCAGAGGUCCUGAAAUAGUCACUAUGGGGGAGAAUGACCCACCGGCUGCUGAAGGCCCCUUCUCCUUCAGAUCCCUUUUCGGCCUUGACAAUUUGAAAAUAAGUCCCGUUGCACCAGAUGCAGAUGCAGUGGCGGCACAGAUCCUGUCACUGCUGCCAUUGAAGUUCUUCCCGAUCAUCGUCAUUGGGAUCAUCGCGUUGGUACUGGUGCUGGCCAUUGGUCUGGGCGUCUACUUCGACUGCUCUGGGAAGUACCGGUGCCGGUCAUCUUUCAAGUGUAUUGAAUUGACAGCUCGGUGCAACGGGGCCCCAGACUGCAAAGACGGGGAGGAUGAGUACCGAUGUGUCCGCCUGAGCGGGCAGAACGCCGUGCUGCAGGUGUUCACAGCUGCUGCCUGGAGGACCAUGUGCUCUGAUGACUGGCAAGGUCACCAUGCUAAUGUCGCCUGUGCCCAGAUGGGCUUUCCAAGCUCUGUCACUUCAGACACCCUCCAAGUGGACUCACUUGAGGAGCAGUUCCGAGAGGUCUUUGUGUCCAUCAAUCACCUCUUGCCAGAGGACAAAGUGACCGCUUUACACCAGUCGGUGUAUGUGAGGGAGGGCUGUGCCUCGGGUCGUGCGGUCACCUUGCAGUGCACAGCCUGCGGCCUGAGAAGGGGCUACAGUUCGCGCAUCGUGGGUGGAAACGUGUCCUCGCUCAUGCAGUGGCCCUGGCAGGCCAGCCUUCAGUUCCAGGGCUACCACCUGUGUGGGGGCUCCAUCAUCACCCCCGUGUGGGUCGUCACCGCUGCCCACUGUGUCUAUGACCUAUACCUCCCCAAGUCAUGGACCAUCCAGGUGGGCCUAGUUUCCCUGCUGGACAGCCCAGCCCCUUCCCAACUGGUGGAGAAAAUCAUCUACCACAGCAAGUACAAGCCGAAGAGGCUGGGCAAUGAUAUCGCCCUCAUGAAGCUGGCCGGGCCCCUCACCUUCAACGAGAUGAUCCAACCAGUUUGUCUGCCCAACUCUGAGGAGAACUUUCCUGAUGGAAAAACAUGCUGGACAUCUGGAUGGGGGGCCACAGAGGAUGGAGGUGACGCCUCCCCUGUCCUCAACCACGCAGCUGUGCCUUUAAUCUCCAACAAGAUCUGCAACCACAGGGACGUGUACGGUGGCAUCAUCUCCCCCUCCAUGCUCUGUGCUGGCUACCUGAAAGGCGGCGUGGACAGCUGCCAGGGAGAUAGCGGGGGGCCCCUGGUGUGUCAGGAGAGGCGAGUCUGGAAGUUGGUGGGAACCACGAGCUUUGGCAUCGGCUGUGCUGAGGCUAAUAAGCCCGGCGUCUACACCCGCAUCACCUCCUUCCUGGACUGGAUCCACGAGCAGAUGGAGAGGGACCUGAAAACUUGAAGGGAAAGGGGACAAGCCACCACCUCGCAUUUCUGCCACGAGGGAGACGUCCGCACCCUCUCAUGCGGGAACUGGCAGCAGUGGGGCAAGGAGGAUCGGCUGCACGUCCCCCCAUGUCUAGGACAACUUGCUCCUAACACCUCUAAGAGCCUUUUGGGCAACAGACUCUAAGGCCUUGAAGCUCCUUCCUGAGUCACUACGACCAGGAGCAGGAAGGCCUCUGAAGUGCUAGCUUCCCCACUUGUCCAUUUGGGUUCCUCUCCAGGGGUGUCAACGCUCCUGACAGUGAGGGGACAGCCCUUCAGUAGAGCUGGUACGGAUGCACUGUCUGCAUGUUUCACUCCUACGUCCCAGACCCCAACCAAAAUGUUCCACUUUCAUGAUCUCUUUUUAUAUGUGGGAACCUAGCCUACAAGUGAUUAGUCUGAAGGUUUAUUUCUAUCUUUUCUUGUAGUAUCUGGUGCUUGGUGUGUUCUUGUCCCUCGCUCCCACAGGACCCAUGCUCUCUUGAUGCAGUCAGUCAGAGCUUGUCUGAAUGGAUGCUGACUGCUUGUAUAAAUUGAAAUCAACUUGAGUUUAGAGGCUCCAUUAUACUUUGAUCUCUUCUGUAUACAUUGUGGGGUUUGCAUUUUUCUGUUAGAACAGAUGUCUCAGCAGAUCAGAAUUAUCUUUAUGAUGUCAUAAGACUCAGAAGCAGAGAAAGAACAGAAAGUCCUGGAUAAGACAGGACCCCUGAACCCCACACAGAGGGCACUGAAGGCAAAGAGCAGAGAUAGUCACAUGUCAUCAAGAGGCCACAGACAUCCCUACCUCUCUGGACAGUCCCACUAAUCUACCUGUGGGAUUAGAGACCCUUCCCGGUACCCACACACCCUGUGUAGUCCCCACAGCAGACAUGCAGCAGAGAAAGUUUACUUGGUAAGACAUCAUUGUCCAGAGGCCCUGGAUCACACAUGAAUUCGUCAAGUAUGAACCCUUUGCUUUGCCUUGAGGCCAUGGUAGCAAAGACAGGUGGCUUUCAAGGAGAGAGCAGGAUGGGCCAGGUGCCUGGGGAGGGAGCCCCCAGGGGGUCUGC